GCCCCGCUCAACAUACCGAACGGCGGCCUCUGCUGACCGACUCGGCCCUGAUUUCAAGCAGGGUUGAGAGGUUAUUGGAGUGUAAGCAGACAGAUAGCAGCACCAUGGCGCCCACCGCACGCCAAACAGCCGCGAGCCCGCAUCCUUCCAGCCUGCACCCUCGCCGCCGACACGCCUGAAUGUCCUGAAUGUGCGCUAACCUACAUUCACAUUUGUGGGCCGAAGCAAACAGCAAAAGCACGCCUGCGGAAAAUGCGUUGAUUGGGUUGUUAUCGACCGUAACUACUGGAUGCUAGCUGAGGUAGUUAGCUGACUGGCUACCUAGCUGGUUUCCCAGGCAUGGCGAUGGUUUCUGUACGCGGCCUCUAUUUUGUGGUCACUCUGUUCUUGGGCAGCUUCUUCGGCAGUAUUUUUAUGCUGGGUCCAGUGCUGCCUUUGAUGCUGCUGUCCCCCGCUUGGUACCGCUGGCUUACUGACCGCAUCGUGGCAACCUGGCUGACCCUGCCUGUGGCUUUGUUGGAGGUGGUGUUUGGAGUGAAGGUGGUUAUAACAGGCGAUGGCUUUGUGCCGGGGGAGCGCAGUGUGAUUAUAAUGAACCAUCGCACUCGGCUGGACUGGAUGUUUCUGUGGUGCUGUCUGCUGAGGUACAGCUACCUCCGCCUGGAGAAGAUCUGCCUGAAAGUUGCCCUCAAAGCGGUGCCUGGUUUUGGAUGGGCGAUGCAGGUGGCCUCAUUUAUCUUCAUCCAGAGGAGAUGGGAGGAGGAUCGUAGCCACAUGGAAAAUAUGCUGGAGUACUUCUGCGAUAUCAGGGAACCUUUGCAGCUGCUUCUCUUCCCCGAGGGCACUGACCUCACCGAUAACACUCGUGCCAGAAGUGAUGAGUUUGCGGAAAAGAAUGGUCUCCCAAAGUAUGAGUACGUGCUUCAUCCACGGACGACUGGCUUCACCUUCAUCGUGGACACACUUCGGAAAGGUAACAACCUGGACGCGGUCCACGACGUCACCGUGGCGUACCCGCAGAACAUCCCUCAGACUGAGCGCCACCUAGUGCUGGGCCUCUUCCCGCGCGAGAUCCACUUCCACGUGCGGCGCUACCCGCUGUCCACCCUGCCCGAGCAAUCCGAUCUCCUGCAGGCCUGGUGCCAGGAUCGCUGGGCAGAGAAGGAGCGACGGCUGCGGGAGUUUUACGGGGCGUCGCCACGGCUGUUCGAUGACCCCGAGGCCCGGGUGCCGCCCUGCAAGAGCGAGCUGAGGGUGACACUGGUCAAAGCUGCGUCCCUCUGCUACUGGACCCUGUUCAUAACCUUGUCCUUCGUCGGCCUCUGGUUGUGGGCACCUCUGCGAAUGUACUUUCUGCUGGUGGUGGCAUUCUUCCUGGUUCAGCAGAAGGUCAUGGGCGGGGUUGAGAUGAUGGAGCUGGCGUGCCAUCGCCACUGGAACGGAAAGCCCCCGAGAAGUAGAGAGAAGGACGGACCUCAGGUGAAGAAGGAGUGAGAAGACUGACUGGAUCAGGGCGAAUAUAAGGACUGCAGGCAGGUGGAGCCCCCUGCUGGAACGGAGCACAUCCCGCACAAUGAACUCUCAGCAUCGCUGCCUUUUCCAGCUGGAUCCCUCACUCUGUCGCUUUCAGUGAAGGGAGAAGGAAAGAAAGGAGCAUGCUUGCUUCACAGAUGCCUCAAUGCUACAGUGAUGGAUGGAAGCAGAAAGAAAUAAGGAUCGAUUUUUUUUUCUUCUAUGCUGGAAGCUCAAAUAUACUGUUUUACAAAAGUCACUGUGCGAGUCAUGUGUGAGAGGGAGGAAGGUUGUAUGUGUGCGUGUUUUUACCCGGACUCAUCUUUUCAUUCCCCUGAAUAUCCUUCUGUCUGUUCCAUCCUUACUGAGUCUCUUGGUUGUUUUUUUUAUUUGUAGGGCUGGCCCCAAUCAUUUGAAUACUUGAGGAUUCUUUCCUUAUGUUGGUAGUUGUUUCAUUAUCUAGUAUUCAGAAACUUCAUUUUUUAGUAGUCCUUUAGACCCCAGCAGACCUUCUCCUGGAGUCCCAACAGUAAAGAGUCAAGGCCUAUUCACACCAAGUACGUUUUUUUCUGACAAAAACAUAAGUUUUUAUGGGAAAUCUGGAGAAAGAUGGAAGAGGAAGGAAAAAUGGAUUCCUCAAAUAGUAGCAGCGAUGAAUUUGGCAUUGUUUUUAUGAAUGCUAUAACCAGUCAUUGUGUUGUACUCACCGCCAUUUGCAGCCUUUCACCUCAGGUCCUACAUGUAGUUUCUUUAGCAUUUGCAUUUUUAUAGUCAGCUCUGAGCAAGAUGAGCUGUUCUGUGGUUUGUAUGGUGUACUGAGUAACACCUCUGCCUUCUACGCUGUAGACUGGGGUUCAAUCCCCUGUCUGAGUAAAUACACUGCACUAUACCUAUAAGAGUCCUUGGGCAAGACUCCCAACACUACCUUUGCCUACCUGUGUAAAAAUGGUGAAAAAUUGUAAGCUGCUCUGGAUAAGAGCGUCUGCCAAAUGCCAUAAAUGUAAAUGUUCUGCUGCCAUUUGUUUAGACUGCAACCAUGACAACAGGGCUCUGAUUGGUUGCAGUAAAUCGAUGGUUGCAGUAAUCGAGGAUUAAAAUUUUGUCUGCGACGUCGCAGUCAGUCAGUUUUGGACUCGGUGUGAAAGACGGCGUUAAUAUAUGUGCGUUCAUUCUUAAAUCUUUUUCAUUUAUGGUUUUUAUUUUUGUCUAUAAAAUUGGUGUGAUUAGGCCUGUAGAGAUGUAUUUAUCACUGUCUUAAACAAAGCAUUUUAUCAUUAAACCUGGAAAAAUGGUCAAUACUGAAUGAUGGUAAUGAUAUUAGACUGUAAAACCUGAUGUCAUACACAUAAUGUUAGCUAAAGGCUGAACACAGUCUGCCCCGUCCCCCCCUUAUGAUUUCAGAGUGUCACCCUUGGCCUUCAACCAACUGAAGCAAGAUAAGUUAAUAAAAGAUAUUAUAAAGGCAAACAGUGUUUAAACAAAGAGAAAUUCAUGUUAUUCAUGCCAUUUACCUGAACAUUCAGGCAAAGCCAAGGUCACUUGUUUAGCCGGAGCCAAGAAACAGGCUCUGCAGGCUGGCCAGCUAGCCUGUUUAGCUGAUUCGUAGGUUGUGAGUGGCGUUAAGUGGCGAAUUUAGUAGAGAACAUUGAAAUAAUUUGCAACCUCAAUCCUGAACAAGAUUAAUGUUCAUCUAAGCUAUUUCACUUGUGAUUGAAUCGAACUUGGAUCACUAAUUUAGUUCGGCUAUCCAGGUAAAUUGACUGUUUAUCAUCACAGCAACUACUGUAUCAUCACUGCGAUCUGUAAGCAAAAGUCCAGUCAUCUUCCUUUGUGUAUCAGACAUCAUGUUACAGCACAUCGGUCUCUGUGUCUUUGGGACGUUCAUCUUAAAAAAGGAUGUGUGAAUGUGUAACUGUUACCAUUCGAAAACGAAUCAUUUUUGAAUAAAAAAAUGAACGAAAUUAAAGUUCUAGGUAAUUAUGCGAUGUAAAUAUUUCUUGUAAGGGUGAUUUUCAAGUAAUCAUUCGGAAAAAACCGAGUGUUCAAAGUGUGCAAAAUGCCGUUGGGGCCAGCUCUACUGUUUUGUCGUUUAGGUUUGUUUUUGUUUUUGCCUCUCGGUCUUAUUUUCCUGUUUUAAUUUUGUGGUAUUUUCUCCUUUCUCAAUGUCUUGGUCCUCUUAUUUUACUUUGCCACAAGGCAGUGAGUCACUCAUUGCUCUAGCCAUCUUUUGAAAUCAUUUUAAUAUUUUUUUUAUGAUUAUUUUUGUGCCCCCAUUUUGUUUUUUUAAUAGAUUUUUUGUUUUUUGUAUAUAUUUAUUUAUUUUAUAGUUAGGGAUAACAGCCAUACUGCAUAGCUGUUGAUUAAGGCACUGUUGUUGGCCUUUGUUAGUCACAGUGUAGCCAAACAAAUCACUGUAAUGGGGGGGAAAAAGACUUGACAGCAUUUAAGCACUUGGAAGCCGCCGGAUAUCUCUCGUACAUAGCGCCUUUAAGACUAAAGAAGUGAAUCAAGCUGAAUAAUAGUUAUUUACUUAAUCUUUUCCAGCAACAUCUGGUUUAGUACGGCAGGUAGGCAAAGGCGGGCUGAGUGCAUGGCUGCGGAUGCUUUUUGCAUGAG